AUGGUUCUAUCAAUUCAGUUGACAGCCCCGAAUGGUGUAAGCUAUGCCCAACCCACGGGUCUCUUCAUUAACAAUGAAUUUGUCCCUGCUGUAGCCGGCAAAACCCUGGCAACGGUAAACCCCUACGACGAAUCCACAAUUGCAGAGGUCGCCUCCGCUGGCCCCGAGGAUGUUGAUAUUGCUGUUGUUGCUGCUCGAAAAGCUUUUAAUUCUCUGGAAUGGCGCGGUCUAAAUAUUAAAAGAGACUUGGGAGAUAUUUUAGUCUAUUCAUACUUCAACAUUACUGUUGGAACAACCUUGCGACCCUUAACUGCUUCAGACAUUCGUUAG